UGGAAACGGAAUCGCUAGCGAUUCCGCUUCGAAAUAGUGCCCAGGGCUCAAACGAAGACGACUGCUACAGUAGCUAUCUGGCGAUACUGAUCUCCGGUGAGCUCCAGCAAACUCCGGUCCAACACAAACCUCAUCUCUGUUCCGAAAUCGAAGCUCUUAAGCUUGUUUCAAAACAUCAAUUUUUUUAUCCGUUUGAUCUUUCUUUUUUUCCUCUCAAAACAAAAUCAGAGAAAUUGUUGGUUCUCCCUCAAGUGUGCUUGAAGAUGAUGGAGGAUUCAAUAAUGGAAGUUGAAGGUGAUAUGAAAAAAGUUAAAACAGCAAGAAUGACAAUCCAAAGAAGAAUUGACAACGGUCACAACAUUCCCACACCAGAUAGUUUCAUCAAGAGAAUCAUAUUAUCUAUAACGAAGCCAUCGUAUACUCUACAACGGCUACCAAUCAGGAGUUUAAGGUUUGAAAAUCGCUGCAGAUUACGCCGCCUCUUACACAGACUCGUGCGGCGACACAAUUGGAAAGAGGCAAGCGGUGUACUGAGCAUGCUGUUGAAAGGGACGGGCAAAGACAAGUCUCCCGCGAGAAAUCGCAAGUAUAUGGUUGCAAUGAAGCUUCUCAAGCACAUAAAAAGUGACAAUCUCAAAGCAACAAAGAUCCAGAGCGUCUACGAUGUUUGGUUGAAAAAGAUUGGAUGGAUGAAAAAUUGGCCGUUAGAGCAUAGAUUUAUGGUUCGGCUGGAGUUUAUCCUGUAUUGUCUUACACAAGGAAAUGCUGAGGAUGCACACCAGGCUGUUAUGUGCCUAAUGCAAGAAUGUGAUUCUGGGAAUGAUCCAAUGUCAAAUAUGGUCGUGGGCUUGACCUUUUUUCAGAUGUGGUAUUCUUCUAUUCCAAAAGAGAUGCAGUGGGGGAAAUUGGAUGAGCCUUACGCUAGUUCGCAAUCAGAGACGUUGGGAACAAGGUCCAACACUCCGGUUGAGAGCUUUGAGGAGCAUGACACAGUUGAUAUUUAUGAAGCUGAUUCGUCUAUUAAAAAAGUAGAUGUUCAUGACGCUGAAUCCUCCUCUAGUCGUGAUUCGAAAACCUCUGUUAGGAAUGAGGCAGACAUUGCUUUGGACCAAAGCUUCCAACCCCAAAGCUUCUAUGUGAACUCUGCUAAAGACAGUGGACAUGAUAAUUCUUCUUCUUCUAAUCAUGGUGAUGACAUGGCAUAUGCUUCCAUUUUCCAUUUACGUGGUUUAGAUUCAUGGCUGUUGCCUUUACGGUUGCCGCAUACAAAUGAGAAUCUAGAAGACUUCAACCAUUUGCAUAAAGAAAUGCUUAAUGACUACUAUAAGAAUGCAGUGAAGUAUUUACGACUUGCUCUUUUCGCAACAGCUCCAUUAUUUGAGGCCUUAGUUCCGUUGAUACAGAUACUGCUGCUUGGCCAUCAAGUUCAGAAUGCCCUAAAAGUGCUGGAGAAAGUCUGUCAUAAUUGUGACACAGCGCUACCUUUAAGAUUGAAAGCCAGUAUCUUGGAGCAAUUCGAUAGAAAUAACCAUGUUGUGCUUUCAACCUGCUUUGAAGAUAUUAUGAAGAAGGAUCCAACAUGUAGCCACUCGUUGGCAAAGCUCAUCAACAUACAUAAAAGUGGGUAUUAUGGCCUUGAACAAUUGUUGGAAAUGGUUGCUUUGCAUUUGGAUGCUACUUAUGCAGAUUGCAAUACAUGGAAAGAGUUUGCUUGUUGCUUCCUAAAGCUUUCUCAAUGUGAAGAAGAACGAAUGUCAGUGUGUCUUGAUGGAACUCAAGGUGGGCACAAGCAAAGGUACUCGGUUCAUUUCAAUAGGAUGCCACAAAUAUUUACAGAUGGAAUUUUAGGAAAGCCUUGGAGGUUCCGCUGUAGAUGGUGGCUGACACGUCAUUUUAGCCAGAACAUACUUGAGUCAGAGCUUGCGGCAGGUAACUUAGAGCUCCUAACUUAUAAAGCAGCCUGCGCAAGUCAUCUUUAUGGACAGGACUUUACAUAUGUUGCGAAGGUUCACAGUUAUUUAGAGGAUAAAAAUGGGGAGUUGUUGAGAUACUUGCUGAGACACAUGCAGGAUUCCGUUGGAAUCUAUAAAAAUUUUGACAGAAAUAAUUAAAUGAUGGAAUGGUUCUGAGAAUGAGAAAAUUUGCAUGCCUCUUUUCUAUAUUUUUUUUGGGGUGUGAGGAUAAAAUAUAUUACAUCAGGAAGAAGAAAAUUGAUCUCCGUAAGUUAUUUAUCCCCCGUGUUCUGGGCAAUAAAGGUGGUUUCAUGGCAAUGAUGGCGACGCGUGAUGAAUGGUGGCGGCGAUUCGACCAAGAACCUUGCUACGCUACGUGAGCCGAUUUCCCAACGUUGGAGGAUUCACCGGCGGUGUCAAUGAAGACAAGUGGAGCUAACUGCAUGGGCUUCUGAUGGCAGGACAAUGAUGAUCGCUUGCCAAUGGGGUUGGGAAUUCCUAGACCAUUUUCGAUGGAUUGGAUAUUCCAACGAUAUGUUGAGGGUUUCGAUGAAUUAAUGGGUGGGUUUGAGUUACUUCAAGAUGGUGUGAUUUGCAGAGGCCUUAUGAACAGUUGGAUGGGUUUGGAAGAUGAAAUAUGUAGUACUUAGGGUUAGGGUUUUGCUUGAUGGUGAUUUGGCUUUGGGAAAUGCAUGGGCAUGUUCAUAAACGCCCAAUUCCCCCGGCCCCCACAUCCCAAACGCCCCAAGGCGGGGCCACCCAACUAACCAAACACCAAAAAAUAAUGGAGUACUAGUAUAAAAAAUUUAUUCAAGUGAAAAAAAUGUUAUACAAAAAAUAUUUUACUCCAAAACAAACUGAACAAAAAAUAUUCAAAACAGUAUGGGAUGUUUACACUUAGGCCGGUAUGAAAUGCAUUAUGUGUUAUGAUAUUGUUUUCUGAUAUUAGUAUUUAAAUUUG